AUGACCUUCAUGGGCGAAGAUGUCUUGGAGGAUAUUCAAGGGGACAUCGCUCCCAUACUUGACUAUGAAGUCAGUGACAACGACGAUCCUGAUCUUGGAAAUGUCAACAUUACCCGCGCGGAUCCGGAACGACAGCCGCUUCCGUUUCCCUCCGCCGUCAAACAAGAUUUCUUUGACGGCCUUGACGCGGGAACAAACCUCAUUUUAAAAGGGCUUCGCAAACUUGAACUUCAAAUAAGACAUGGCCACGCAGAGGACUGUCUGGAAGCGGUCCGGUCAGCCUUGAUCCAGCUUUCUUGGCAGUAUAAAUAUCAGGUUCGGACCGCCGACUCCGUCUAUAUGGGGACUCGUGCUUGGGAUGGCGUCAAGCUUUUGAAUGCUUCCUGGAAAUUGCACCGGCGACUCUACAACACAAACCGUCAGAAGAUGAUCUAUUUAUCUGCUGGCGUGCGAGACGAGGAUAAUAUUCGGAAACAAUAUCCCAUUCUGCAAGUCCAUGAUUGCAAGCAUAGUAAUGCCGUGUCGGAUCCGAACAUUCACGGAGGAAGCUCGGACCGUCUAAGUUGGAUUUGGAGAUCCCGUCAGGGCCUGGACAAUGAUAAUCAAUUAUACGUUAAUGAGUUCUUUAGGCUAAACUGGCUCCGCGCGCGAGCUCAGAGGAAUAGAUGGCAAGAGGAGCUGGCCUUGACAAAAAAGGAAAUGGAAUGGACUGUCAGAUUUUAUGUGUAUAUGGCAAAGACAUGGCGUGCACGGCAUGAUUUUGUUCCUGACAGGGCAAAUGCUCAAAAGCAGAUUGCCAUGUGGAAUGAUCUGGGGCGGGCCGCGGAUAAGGUCUUCCGUCAAAUUAACCCGGAGUAUCCAUUAACCAGUUCUUUGAACAUUCUUGUUGUAUCCCAUCUCGUUGAAUUCAUGCACUUACCGCGGCUUUUUAAACCUCCUGUCGAGGACGAACAUCAUCUCCUUACCUAUGAUGAGCGACGUGCUCUGGCCAAAGUUCAUGUCCAUAUUUGUGGUGCACGGAUCCGUGCCGGAUACCGUUUGUUCAUUGCAAACGGAGACUCUGUUUCCUCCGUGCGUCGCCAAAAAUGGAUGUAUUUGCUCGACCUGGAGGUGGCUAUACUGCUGAGAGUACUCGGAUACUGCUAUGUCAAUGGAUUCCAAGUCGAUAUUCCAUUUUUUAUAUCAGAAAUUCUCAAUCAGAGCGUACAUGCCGUUUUGAACCGAACUCCCCACCAUCGAGCUGUUCUAUUUGAAUCUCUAAAUCAAAGCUGGUCAGCAUGGGAAGAUGAUGAAAUUUUAAAUCAGACCAAGAGCUGGGGAUAUUGGUGGAGGGACGGAUUUGCUGAAGGCGAUGAGUGGCAAGUUGCCUUUGUUACCGUUGAAUCGCAAGCAAGAGAAUUUUGGAACAAGGUGGUUCUGCCUGAAUACCAACAAGAGGUACUCCGGCUAAAUAAUCAGAGGAAAGAAGCUAAGGAGGGCGCAAGUUCAUCUACCUCUGGGCCUCCAAGAAAUCAGGAAAACAAUCCCAAGGGCAAGGGAAAGGCGGCUGAACGGACAUCCGUCCCCACCUCGGGGAAGCACGGAUCCGCGUUGACGGGAAAGCACGGCUCCGCGUUUUCACCGCCCACGGGGAAACCCAAUCCGCCGACCCGUGUUGCAAACACGCGGGAUGAAACAUCCCCAAUUGCAAUUUCUGACCACAGACCGCCCUACUGUCCCCGCUGCGGUCAGCCUAUCCUAACGGGCGUAAUGAGGGAGUUGGCUCACCUGCGCCGGAAUGUGGCGGACAAAAUGAAAAAUGCCCAUAAAGCAGUGACUACUUCUUCGGCCGCCUUGGGCAGAUAUUCUGUAUUGGAGAAGAUGUGGAUUGACUCUAAGGAGCACCCGUUCUCUAACGGCAAGGGGCUUUCAGCCAAAUACAAAUUUCAGCAUCCCGUUCACCCUUCUCCUGACAGUUGGGGCGCUAUAACGGCUCAAGCCUGGUCCUUCGAGGUCUCAAAGCUCAAAGUCGCUUUAUUUUACAUCAACGACAUUUUUUAUUCUUUUAUUGCCGUCAAGGAACUACCUUUUCAUCCACUCUGGUAUCAUUCGCCACCCUCCAACACUGCAAAUAUUCAUCUCCCAACAGAUACUCUGCCUACUCCCGGUUCCGUCAGCCCUCCGUCAAAUGCACACACCAACAAUGCCUUCCUUUUUAACGCAAGGUCAAGACCUGUUUUCCCGGGAGAAGAGGAUGAUAUUGAUAGUACGUCCGAUACCACUGAAUCCUCUACACCAGCUACGUUUUUAGAGCAUCUCGCACAGGACUUUGAAGAGGAGGCGGAUGAGGAGUCUUCCGCCGGUGAUACGACGGAGGAGUCAGAUGCUUCCGGUAACUCGGAAGAGCUUAGCGAGGACGUGUCGGAAACACCCUGGGAUGAGGAAUCUUAG